GACUGUUUUUAUGGCUGGACCAGUGCACCUUGAACCUGUCGGAGGAGCUCCCCAUGUCUCUUCUGUCCUUGUUCUCACUUUAUAAUUCAUAAAAAACAUUUAAAAACAUUUAAAAACAUGUCGACUUUUAAACAUGUACUCAGACACGCGCUGCCGCUCGUCAGGCGGUCGUCGCGAGGCAACUGCGCAGAAAAACGACUCAGUUUGUCGUUAAACUUCGGGAUAGUUCGUCUUACCUCGAGUGUCAUAAAUCAAAACAAGCCGAGCUCCAGGUGUUACACGAGCUCGACCACACCGGUCCGGAUCGGCUGUGCAUCCGGGUUCUGGGGGGACACAGCCACCUCAGUGCCUCAGCUGGUCUACAGUGGGAAUCUGGACUUCCUGGUCUUUGACUACCUCAGUGAGAUCACCAUGUCUCUGCUCACCGCCGCCAAGACCAAGACGCCCACGAUGGGUUACGCUCCAGACUUCGUCCAGGUCGCUCUUGCUCCGUUCAUCAACGACAUCCACAGAAAAGGUAUCCGUGUGGUCAGUAACGCCGGAGGUGUGAACCCGCUGGCGUGCGCAGAGGCCAUACAGGAAGUCAUUAAAAAGGCUGGCUUGGACCUUAAGGUUGCCGUGGUGACAGGCGAUGACCUCAUGCUUCAUAGGAGCAGUCUCUCUGAAGUAAAGAUGGUGGAUGACAGCAGCAGACAGUCGUUACCUAAAUCCCUCCACAGCAUGAACGCUUACCUCGGUGCUGAACCAAUCCGGCGCUGCCUGGACCUGGGCGCUCACAUCGUGGUCACAGGUCGUUGUGUGGACAGCGCCGUGGCUCUGGGGCCGCUCAUGCACGCUUUUGGAUGGAAGAGGGACGAGUACGACCUGCUGGCUGCUGGAAGUCUUGCAGGUCACCUGAUCGAGUGUGGAGCUCAGAGUACAGGUGGUAUCUUCACAGACUGGCACAGAGUCCCUGACUGGGACAACAUGGGUUUCCCCGUGGUCGAGUGCUCCAGCGAUGGCUCCUUCGUUCUCUCCAAACCGCCAAAGACCGGCGGCCUGGUCUCUUUCGGCACGGUGGCUGAACAGCUGGUCUACGAGAUCGGAGACCCCCGAAGAUACCUGCUGCCCGACGUGGUCUGUGACUUCAGCAGGGUCGGACUGAAGAGAGUACCAGGUGUGGACGGCGGCGCUGUGAGGGUGACGGGAGCCAGAGGCUUCGCUCCGUCACACGACUACAAGGUGUGUGCUACCUACAUGGACGGUUUCAGGGCAACGGCGGUGUGUCCGGUCGGAGGGCCAAGGGCGACGGAAAAGGCCCGCCGCGUCGCAGACAGCAUCAUCAAACGGACGAAGAGAAUCUUUAAACAACUCGCUUUGGAAGAUUUCAGCUCUGUCAACAUCCAGGUGCUCGGAGCUGAGGACACGUACGGAGAAAACGCUCGCACCAAGGGCAGCAGAGAGGCCGUGAUCUGGAUGGCCGUCCAUCACAAACAGAAGAAAGCUCUGGAAGUGUUCGCACGAGAAGUCGCUCCUGCAGGGACGGGCAUGGCUCCUGGACUGACCGGCAUCGUGGGUGGACGUCCCCGAGUGUCUCCUGUCCUCAAGCCCUUCUUCUUCUUGCAUCCUAAAUCUCAGCUGAAGGUAGAUGUUCAUGUCGAUGGAGAGCUGGUGGAGUCUCUCACAGAGGCGGAGCCUGACACACAUGAGCAGGAGGCCCCUCCCAGCUCGGAGGAGGAGCUACCUGAUGAAGAGCUGCCCAGUGGACCACACAGCUACAGACUGGAGGAGCUGGCCUACACCCGGAGCGGGGACAAAGGAGACUCUGCAAACAUCGGAGUGAUCGCUCGCCAUCCCCUCUUCUACUCUUACCUGAAGAAACACCUGACUUCUUCUGUGGUGGAGGAAUACUUCUCACACCUCAUCCAGCCUGGCGUGAAGAACGCUGUCACACGAUACACUCUUCCGGGGAUCCACGCUCUAAACUUUGUCCUGAAGAAUUCUCUUGGAGGAGGAGGGGUGGCCUCUCUACGCAGUGACCCGCAGGGUAAAGCUUACGGACAGAUGCUGCUGGACCUGAAGCUGAGGGGACUGCCCGACCUCAAAUCACUGGUGGACUGAGAGGGGGGGGAGAGAGA